AAUUAAGCAAUUUUUCGAUCUUUUAGGUCAUAAUUUCAGUUCUAGCGCUAGUUCUAGUUCUAUCUUAUUGCUAGUCAUCUUAUCUUUUCUUGUCGGUAUCUUAUCUCAAAGAACGUCAUGCACAAGACAAACUCCAUUUGACCUUAUUUCCAUUCUAAUCUGUCACGACAUCUUGCUCUCUGUGAACUUAUUAUAUUUCGUUUUGAUCCUCUUAAAGUUCAAAUCUUUUUCGAUCCAUCGGUAUCUUAUUAACAGUCAUCUUAUCUUUUCUUGUCGGUAUCUUAUCUCGAAGAACAUCAUGCACAAGACAAACUCCAUUUGACAUUUGACCUUAUUUCCAUUGUAAUCUGUGACGGCAUCUUGCUCUGUGUGAACUUAUUAUAUUUCUCGGUGACUUGUAAUCCGUCCAUGAAUCGAUGUUUAUUUCAUACUUCACAGUUUAUCGGCGCAUUACUGUGAUAUUAGUGGUUUUCAAAUGGAUGCUCCUGAGUCUUUUCAGUGGAAAGGAACUGAAGAACAUUUCAUGAAAUCUCUUAAUCAAUUUCGUCAGAAAUCAGGAGAAGUUACUGAGAUCAUCAAAUCACUGCGAUCCCAUCUUCCAUCAACGUUGAAAUACAUCCUUGAUGAGCCAAAUUCCCACGAUGGUAUCAACAUUUUAAGUAUUGGUAGUGGAGACGGAGAAAUGGAUAUAGAAAUACUGAAGAUUGUCAAUGAAGAGAUGCAAAGACAUCGUCCAGGUCAUGCAGUCACAAUGUUCAAUCGAGCUGUAGAACCACAAGUGCACGCCUUGAACCAGUUCAAGAAUACAGUAGCCACACGCCUACCAAAGGAAUUAAGCAAUGCAUCAGUAGUGUUCGAUAUCGACCRGCCUARAACAUUUGAAGAGUACGUGRCAAAUAUCAAAGAGAYUGUGGAGUUUGAUAUCAUUCAUUUUAUUCACUCCAUUUAUCAUAUCACUGAUGUAGAGAAAGCUCUCAAGCACUGCUAYGAGAAAGGACUGGGCAAUCGAGGUGCCAUAGUUUUGAUWGUGKGCGGMAAAGAUGAYMCCUUUGAAGUUGUAAAACAACGUAUGUCUGGUAUUCAUCUCGUACGUAAGGAGGUCGUCGAAACUGCACGGAAGAAUGGCUGGCAUCACGAAAUUUAUCCGCAGGAAUAUUCUCUUGAUGUGACUGAAAUAUUCGACGAAGAAUCAAUGGAAGGRAACCUGCUGCUUGACUUUCUUGUUCAUUUGAAAGGUUUUCGCUUUAAYGCUCACCCUGAGAAAGUCAAGAGAACCUUAGAUUUAAUCAAGGACAUGUCUGCUUUUAAAAAUGGGAAGCUCUUGGCGAAGAUGUCCGCUGAAACUCAUAUUAUUUUUAAGUAAUUUGUUCUGGGAAUUCCGUAAUUUAUACCUCUUAAAAGUUGUACUGGUCAACCACAGGCACUGGCACACAGUACUGGAAGCCCACGUAUCGGAAAAAAGCCUUACAGCGAUAAUUCUCAAGAGCCACUUCGCGCAAAAAUCAGGUACAUUCUCCCCUUCCGUUUCCCCCUCCCCCCACUCCCUCGUUGAUAACCGUGUACUUUCAGCAUGAAACGAGAACGUCAACAUAAACGAAAUACAUCGUUUCUUUGAUUUACUUCCAUUCUUUAAUGUAUCUUUAGAGUAUUGAACUAUUUUCCUGUAAUUCUAUGUAUUUUUAUAACUAAAUUUGAGUAUCGUUUGGUACCAACGACACACGUACAUAUGCCGAAUGGACGCCAACAAAACACAGUAUAAACACAAAAACAACUGAAAACAAUUGAACGCUGAGACUAGUACAU